AUGUCCGACUCUGCAUUAUGGCCCAUGUUGGGGGUCUUACUGGUGGUGCUCUACCUAUUGCGCCAGAAACCCGAUGCACGCCUCAAGCAGAUCCCCAUUAUCAGAUACAGUGAUUACCUACCGGACCUCUUCAACCGGUUCAUCUUCUACCCAAAGGCGAAGUCGAUGAUAUACGGGGGUUAUGAGAAAUUCAAGAAUGAUCCCUUUCGUAUGCUCACCGGUGAUGGAGAGAUUGUUGUCUUGCCUAUCAAGUAUGUGGAGGAGUUGAAGCAUCUUCCGCCAUCGAUCAUUAGCUCUUUGGAUGCGCAGUUUGAGAAUGCGCUCGGGGAAUACACCAACAUCAAGGUCAACAGCUAUCUGCCUUCGAACACUGUUCGUAAGCGUCUGACUCCCAGUAUUGCUCGGAUCACACCGUGGAUACUUGACGAAUUGCGCUACGCCUUCGACUCUGUCCUCCCAGAUUGUGAAGGUGAAAUCACUCGAUACUAUUCAAUGGACUUUCUAACACUAUCGUUGAUCCCGGGCAAAGGCCAAUGGAUCACCGUCAAGGCCCACGAAAUGUUCGUCAGACUAAUUUCGCGUGCAACCUCCCGAGUCCUCGCCCACUCCCUCCGGCGCAACGAUCAAUGGCUCGACAUCGCAAGCAACUACUCAGUCAACGUGGGUAUAACCAUCCUCCUCCUACGUCCAUUCCCAAACUUUAUCAGGCCCUUUAUUGCCCCCUUCCUCCCCUCAGUCCGACAAAUGAAGAAACAGCUCCAAUUCGCCAAGAACCUCUUCGUCCCAAUGAUUGAAGAGCGUCGCGCUGCCGAAGCGGCCAAUGACCCGUCCUAUGUCAAGCCGGACGACUUCCUGCAGUGGAUGAUGGAUAUGGCAGAGGACGAGCAGGAUCUCGACCCCGAGGCGCUGGCACAUCACAAUCUGAUUUUGAUGAGCUUGGCUGUUGUGCACACGAGUUCUAUCGCCCUGUGUCAGAUUCUUUACGAUUUGAUUUCAAUGCCGGAGUAUAUCGAGCCAUUGCGUGAAGAAAUCAUGCAGACGCUGAGUAGUGGGUGGGAUAAUGCUACCAAGGCAUCAUUUGAUGCCCAGAAACGCUUGGAUAGUUUCCUACGUGAGUCGCAGCGUUGGGGUCCACCAGGCGAAUUGUCAAUGCACCGCAUCGUGAAAAUGCCCUUGACGCUAUCAGACGGCCUACAUCUCCCUCGGGGAGUACAUAUCUGCUUCCCAUCGGGUCCCAUCAGCAAAGAUCCAAAUUUCAUCUCGAAUCCAGCUAUUUUUGACGGAUUCCGAUGGUGUCAGGAUCCAGCAGAUAGAAAUGCACUAAUAUCAUUGAGUACAACUUCAAAUAGGAGUGCUGAAAAGCAGAAGAAAGAGCAGAAUGGAACAUCAACGGGUCCAUCUCCCACUACCAACUUCAUCAGUAUCAGUCCGUCGAACAUGCACUUUGGAUUCGGUCGUCAAGCUUGCCCGGGUCGCUUUUUCGCCGCGAGCACGAUCAAGGCGAUCAUGAGCCGGAUUAUCAUGGAGUAUGAAUUCAAGUUUGAGGGUGAUCGAGUUGGAUGGAGACCGGCGAAUAUUGGUAUUGGAGAACAUAUCUUCCCCAAUACUAAUACGAGGGUAUUGUUUCGAAAGAGGCAAAGGUAA